GAAGAAGAAGAAUACUCCACUCUACUCUACUGCUCCUUCCAAUUUACUCUCUCUCUCUCGCUUCUCUUCUCCGAUCCCCUCAAGCUUACGCGCUAAGCAAAGCCGAGGAGGGAGGGAGGGAGCACCCAAACCCUAGCUCCGCCGCCUCGGGCACCGCGGAGCGGGGUGCGCGAUGUCGUCGCCGACCGCCGCGCCGGCGCCGACCUCGCCGCCGGCGGCGCCAGCGGCGAACAACACGACCCCACCACCCGCCACCCCGUCGACGCCGCCGCCGACGCCGACGCCCACGACGCCGACGACGCCCUCCGCGCCGCCGCCUGCCACCCCGUCCGCGCCGUCCCCACCCGCGCCGGCGAAGGCGCCACCAUCGGCCGGCACGCCGCCGGCGGUUCCCUCCGCGUCGCCCCCAGCACCGGCGUCCACGCCCGCGGUGCCCUCGGCGUCGCCGCCGUCGGCCUCGGGUGGUCCUGCGACACCCGCGCCGCCCUCGGAUACGCCCUCCCCGCCGUCGUCUGGCGGCGGGGGGAACUCGCCGCCGUCGUCCGGGGGCGGUGGAGGGAGGUCGCCGUCGACGCCGAGCACCCACCCCUCGCCGAAAUCGCCCGCCUCGCGCUCGUCGGGGGGAGGUGGCUCCGGGGUGUCCACGGCGACGGUGGUGGGCGUCGCCGUCGGUGGCCUCGUGCUGCUGCUGCUCGCCAGCUUCAUCUGCCUCUGCUGCCUCCGGAAGAAGCGGAGGCGCCCGCCGCCGCCGCAGCAGCACUACGUGUACCCGCCGCCGCCGCCGCAGUACAAGGAGGAUGCAUAUGGUGGAUCAUACCAGCAAAGUUGGCAGCAAAAUGCCCCACCACCUCCGCCUGAGCAUGUAGUGAAGAUGCACCCAUCACCUCCGCCAGCGUAUGCAAACCGUCCUCCACAGCCACCAUCGACCCCUCCAGCUGCUAUGAUAAACAGCAGCGGUGGGUCUGGCUCUUACUCAGGUGGAGAGAUCCUACCACCACCAUCCCCUGGCGCUGCCCUUGGUUUCUCAAAGAGCACAUUUACUUAUGAAGAGCUGUUGAGGGCAACGGAUGGAUUCUCUGAUGCUAAUCUCCUUGGACAAGGUGGUUUUGGCUAUGUCCAUAGAGGAGUGCUGCCUACUGGAAAAGAGAUUGCUGUGAAACAAUUGAAAGUUGGAAGUGGCCAGGGAGAGCGUGAAUUCCAGGCGGAGGUUGAGAUUAUCAGCAGAGUACAUCACAAACAUCUCGUCUCCUUGGUUGGUUAUUGCAUUUCUGGGGGCAAGAGAUUGCUUGUCUAUGAGUUUGUCCCCAACAACACAUUGGAAUUCCACUUGCACGGAAAAGGCCGACCAACAAUGGAGUGGCCCACAAGACUAAAGAUUGCUUUGGGAGCUGCAAAGGGUUUAGCUUAUCUUCAUGAAGACUGCCAUCCUAAGAUCAUCCAUCGUGAUAUUAAGGCGUCAAACAUUCUUCUUGAUUUUAAGUUUGAAUCUAAGGUUGCUGAUUUUGGACUUGCUAAGUUCACCAGUGAUAAUAACACUCAUGUUUCGACAAGAGUAAUGGGCACUUUUGGAUAUCUAGCACCAGAGUACGCAUCUUCUGGCAAGCUCACUGAGAAAUCAGAUGUCUUCUCCUAUGGAGUUAUGCUUCUUGAGUUAAUAACUGGUCGUCGGCCAGUUGAUACAAGUCAAACAUAUAUGGAUGACAGCUUGGUUGACUGGGCAAGGCCUUUACUGAUGCAAGCACUUGAGAAUGGUAACUACGAGGAGUUAGUAGAUCCUCGGCUUGGGAAGGAUUUCAAUCCCAAUGAGAUGGCGAGAAUGAUUGCUUGUGCAGCUGCAUGCGUACGCCAUUCCGCUCGUCGUCGCCCACGCAUGAGCCAGGUUGUCCGGGCUUUGGAAGGUGACGUGUCUUUGGAGGAUCUUAAUGAAGGUGUUCGGCCUGGUCACAGCCGCUAUUUUGGAUCGUACAGCAGCUCUGACUAUGAUUCUGGCCAAUACAACGAGGACAUGAAGAAGUUCAGGAAGAUGGCUUUUACCAACAAUAAUGAUACGAGCAGUCAAUACAGCGCACCAACCAGCGAGUAUGGCCAGAUACCCUCUGCAUCAAGCAGCGAGGGCCAACAAACCCAGGAAGUCGAGAGCAGGACAACCAAGAGAGGCGGCUACAGUGGCUACAGCUCAGGAUACAGCGGAGCCUCAUGAGGGAAAUCUUUGUUUUUCCUCUUUUAACAUUUUGAUUGUUUCAAUCUGUAAAGUCCAUCUGAGUUCGUAUGACCAAAGUUGCUGACUUGCGUGCGAUGCGAUGAACCGUAAGUUUGACCGAAGUAUAGCUUUUGGUAGCUACAAUUGUUGAUUCUUUCAUAAGUAUUAUGUUAUGGAUGUGUUCCACCACCCACCCGUUUGCCUAUGUAAUUCAAAUGAAUUGAGCUAAUUAACUUUUGAAUAUACUGUCCAUACUUAUUCAGGGUUGAGUUGCCUGACAA